UCUAAGAGCCGAGGAGCGCUUCGUCGGCGCGAAAGCCAAGACGCAGUGAAGAGGGUCACGAUAUCCGUCAUCAAGUCUCCUCCCACAAUCAUACGUGUGCCUAGAAGCCGUACUCCUGGAGGAGAUAAGACAGGCACCUUUCUCUAGUACUGGACCAUACCGGGAUGACUACUUAAGAGAAGAUGUGAGGCCCUCAGGAUUGGAUACUUAAUGCAGGAACAGCCUCUUUGUGUCACAACCUACUGUUCACCACAUCACUUUGUCAUUUCUAGGGUUCUUUUCGAGCUCAACAACAAUGGGAAUCCAAUAUCUUUCCAGAGCGCUCGUCGUCGUUCUAGGCGCGAGCUCAAUAGCAGCGUCUUCCCUACUCCCCCGCCAGAGCAAUGGAACCAGCGGCGCCACCAGCCCAUACUUGGACGCUGUGUCAGAGUACAUCGACUCCAUCGUCGACGACCUGUGGCCCAUCAACAAAGAAAUUCAUGACAACCCGGAACUCGGAUAUGAGGAGGUCAAGGCUCACGAUCUCCUCACUUCCUUCAUGGAGUCUCACGAGGGAUGGAACGUGACUAAGUCCAUCUACAACAUCAGCACUGCGUUCGUAGCCGUGUUUGAGGGCAGCGGCGAUGGGCCUGUCGUGUCCUUCAACGCCGAGUAUGAUGCUUUACCAGGACUUGGACAUGCUUGUGGCCACAACCUCAUCGCCACGGCUUCCAUUGGAGGAGCUCUCGCCACCGCGGAGAUCAUGCGUGCCCAGAACCUUCCAGGCAAAGUCAUUUUGUUCGGCACUCCUGCUGAAGAGAGUCUUGGUGGCAAGGUCAAGUUGCUCGAAGCGGGCGCCUUCAGAGACCACAACAUCGACAUCUCCCUCAUCACCCACCCCACAGCGGGAGGGGACUCGCCCUACAUGAUCACCACCUCCACGGACCGCUUCGAAGUGGAAUACUACGGCAAAGAGGCCCACGCCGCGGCCCAACCCUGGGAGGGCGUCAACGCCCAAGACGCACUCAUUCUUGCCAACAAUGCCAUCGCCCUCCUCCGCCAGCAGACCCGGUCCACGGACAAGAUCCACGGCAUCAUCACCUCGGCCGGCACGCGCAUCAACAUCAUCCCCGCGUUGGCCCAGGCCUCGUUCCAGAUCCGCUCCGCCGACGACGAGGCGCUCGAGGAGUGGACGGAGCGCGUCAUGAAGUGCUUCGACGCCGGCGCGCUGGCCACGGGCGCCGAGCUGAACGUCACCAUGCGCCCGUACGGGUACUCCAACAUGGUCUCCAACGACGUGCUCGCUUCUUCGUACACGAGGUACUUUACUGAGCUGGGGGGCGAGCUCCCCGAUGCCGACGUCGACAAGCUGCGCGACCCAAGCGGUAGCACCGACCAGGGCAACAUCAGCCACGACUUCCCGACCAUCAGCCCGUACUUUGCCAUCACCAACGAGAACGGCAGCGUUCCGUCCGGGGGAACCCACACUGCCGCUUUCGAGGUUGCGGCGGGCAGCCGUCCAGCCUUCGAAAAGGCUAUCAUGGUCGCCAAGAGCAUCGCUGGCGUUGCCGUCGACGUGUUAACGGUUGACGGCAUGCUUGAACAGAUCAAGGAAGAGUUUGAGGCCACGCAAAGCAAGCGAAGAAAGCGCCGCUUCGUUCACUGAGUCUUCUAGUUUUACGGUCUCAGCUAGGUACAACCUAGAGUAAAUUAAAUUAAAUUCUUGGUGUGCAGCACUCUGUCUGCUGGUUUUCAAUGGAUCUUGUGUACGAUAGAGCAUGAUUAGAUGAAAGCAUUACGUUUUUUAGCGUUCGUUUUCAAGGACUUUUUCACAGAAAAAAUGUCCUAGAAGCC